AUGUUAACUUAUAAUAAUAACCACAAACGCAGUAUGAUAUCACAAGAAGAAAUUAAUCGUUGGAAUGUUGAAUUACAUGGUCAAAGUCCAAGUGAAAUUAUUCGUUGGGCAUUAUCUCAAUUUGGAUCUGAUGAAGCAAUAGUUUCGACUAGUUUUGGUCCUUAUGCAUCCGUUCUUCUUCGAUUAGUAACAGAAAUCGAUCCAUUAAUAUCAAUUUUAUGGGUUGAUCAUGGAUAUAAUCGUCCAGCAACAUAUAAAUAUGCUGAAAAAUUACAAAAUCUUCUUGAUUUAAAACUUCAUGUUUAUUCUCCUCGAUUAACAGCAGCACGUCGUGAUGCACUUUUUGGAUCUUUACCAAUUGCACGUGAUAAUGAAGGUGCUUUACGACAAUUUAGUAUUGCAAUGAAAUUAGAACCAUUUACUCGUGCAAUGGAAGAUUUAAAACCUCGUAUUUGGAUUGCUGGACUUCGUCAAGAACAAAAUUCAAAUCGUCAAUCACUUGAUAUUGUUUCAUUUGAUUCAACAUUUCAAGUUCUUAAAAUCAAUCCAUUAUUCUAUUGGACAGAUGUUCAAAUGAAAGAAUAUCUUCUACAAAAUAAUCUUCCUAAUGAAUUCGAUUAUUUUGAUCCGGCUAAAGGUGAUGAGAAACGAGAAUGUGGACUUCAUGCUUCAUGGGCACGAAAUGCGGUUAAUAAACAAAAAGCAAACAAAUAA